GUAUUGCUUUACGUUACAACUCAUGUAACUCCCUUAACCUACAAAAAGGGUUCAGCUUAGGGUUUAUACAAAACACAAAACACAAACAAAUGGCUUCAGCAAGCAGAUCAGCAAUCGGCUCUAUUUCAAGAACCAUUUCAUCCAAAUCAAACCCAAUUUCACGUACCCUUUUAACCCCCAAAUCCACACCCAUUUCACCAUUCAGCUCUUCAUCAUCAACAAGAUCACUCCCUCGAGCAGCUUCAAGGGUAGUUGCAGCAUUGGGAAGUGUUGAAUCAAUGUUGCCACUCCAUAGUGCGAUUGCAUCCGCUCGUCUUAAGUCUAGUAUUGCUGUUGAUUCCACUUGUUGGAGCUGGCUUUCUCAAGGAGUCGGUAGUAGUAGCAAGAGCAAGGAACCGGUCGGGUAAAGCUAGAGCGGAAGGUUUUGAAGAAUUGGAAGGUUGACAUCUUGGGUAAUUCUUGUAGACAAUCCCUUGGUACAUUUUGGCUCUUGAUACUUGUUGUUUUUGGUAAAACAAGUAUAUUAUUAUGUUUUGGAAGUCAUGAGUUUUGUUGAAUUAUGUAUGCAACUAAAAAGGGUUAAAUCUCCCAUUUGUCACUUUUGUUAAGUACGGGCGAAUGACCCGUUUGGUCGUUUUGAUGUAUAUUUCAAUGGUUAAGGUUUUGGACAUAUCAA